AUGGAUCCGAGCAUCGUCGGAAGCUCUGGAGCCAGAUUUUCGAUGAAAGACGAGUUGCCAGAUUUGGACCCGAUUCAAUGCACAUCUGAUAAAGCCAGUUCUUCUACCGCCAUCGAAACCAUUCAAAUCGAAUGUCCCAAAGCUUUAAAUCAUACUUCUCGACCUCGACCCCUGCUCAACCGGAAAACCUGGAAAUUGGUCGCCUCCAAAGAGAUCAACGAGCAAAGGGCGGUGGUUCCGUAUCUGAACAAGGGCUUUUUGAGGACUACGGAGCUCCUCUCCAGCUCCUACCUCAUCGGCAAGCAGUUCAUCGCGGAUUUGAGGCAACGUGGCUGUAGCCCAGCUAGUUUAGCUACUAGGUUGUAUCAAUUGGAAAGAGCCUGCGACUUCCAAGACUCUUUCAUGAGCUGUACACCAGUCAUAAAUUUGGAUACUUCAUUGUUAGAAGCGAUAAGAAAUCCUUUGGCCUUAUGCGCCAGGACCCCGAUGGGCUGGACAGACGGCCGACCCGUCGAAGGCGGCAUGAUUGAGCUGAUACCGCUAAUUUACACCCGAAUCGCGUUACACUACCUCGACUGGGUGGCCUCGCUGUUGGAGCUGAUCGAGAUGGAUGAAAAGGAUAGGUUAGCCCUCGUCAGCGCCCAGCUCUGCCAGCUCCAGUUUUGCACCAUUGCCUAUAACACUUAUCGAGAAGGCAAAGAGGGCAUCCUUUUCGGAGCAGGAAUUCACUUUAUUCCUCCUGAAACGCCACCUACGGAUGAAUUUGACAGCUUUAUGGUCCAACUGUCCACCUAUCUUCAUCAGGAAGUGAUAUCGUUGUUUAAGGAGAUCAAAAUCAGCCCCGAAGAGUACGCCCUCAUGAAAAUGAUCUGCUUCUUCAGCACUACCGCCAUCCUCACCCAAAAGAGUGUUAAUGUGGUCCAAAGAGCACGAGUGAAGUAUGAGCAGCUGCUGAUGGAAUACAUAGUGGAAGCAUAUCCGGACCUGAAUCGGGAGGAGCGUCAGAUGAGGAUGGUGAAGAUUGCUAGUGCCAAUCGACAUUUUUUGCAACUCGGCAUCCUCGACAACGCCUACAUCACCAAGAUGUUUUCCUUGAACAUGGCCAACUUGCGCAAGCAUGCCCCUCCUCUCAUCCGCGACACCAACGGGACCGUCCUCAAGCUGGGCGGUUGUUGGAAUGUUACGGAGGACACGAAAACUUGCUCGGGCGCCAAGUGCAUCCACGCGUACUUUGAGGCCGACUGGGAGACGACGGUCGUUGUCAGAAACUGUGCCUCGGAGGAUUUUCUGAAGUAUCUGCGGGACGAGUGGAAACCGGCACGAGUGACGGAGAAGCUGAAGCAGCCGAUGCACCGCUGGUGGCUGGAGAUGUGCGAGGGGCGACCUGGAAACCCUUGGCGACGACGUGGAGAAGAUUCGACAAAGAAGUGCACGGGGACGAACAAGUGCUCCCACGCUCACCUGGAGAAGAAGAAUGAGCAAGCGAUCAUCAAGCAGUUGGAGAUCCGCACCUGCGCCACGGGAUUUUUGCUGACGAACUGGACGACGGGCUACCAACGCAAGGAGAUCCCUGGAAGUCACCUCACUGUGACGGAGCAAGCAUGCGAGGGUGAUCUGUGCAACAAGCUGCCGAUGACCGAAAUGAAGCAGCGCGCUGAAGAAGCGGCCAAGAAGCAAUCGUCGACGGCCUCGUACCUCGUGCUCCCCGUCGUCACCUUCUUCGCCUCCAAUAUCCUUGCCUUCUUC